GGAAAGCCAAGCCCAUCUCAGCAAGGCAGGCAGAGGCAGGAGAAGGAUGCGGGGGACUACAUGGGUCUGCUGUGGGUCCUCUCCUUUCUCCAUUCCACCUUCUUCGGAGAUGAGGCAAUGGAAGAGCUGAAGAUGUCUGGAUCCAUUGCGUCCUAUGACCAACUGGUGAAGCAGGUGGAGGCGUUGAAGAAAGAGAACACACACCUCCGUCAGGAGUUGGAAGACAACUCCAACCAUCUCUCCAAGCUAGAAAAUGAGACUUCUGAUAUGAAGGUGGUUUUGAAGCAUCUGCAGGGCAAACUGGAACAGGAGGCCAAAGUGAUGGUGUCUUCAGGACAAAUGGAGGUUUUAGACCAGUUAAAAGCCCUGCAGAUGGACAUCUCCAGUUUGUACAACCUGAAAUUCCGCCCUCCGGCCCUGCUUCCCGAGCCGGUCUACCAGGACCACAGUCCGGAGCAGAGCCUGUCCCAUCCAGCCCCUCUCCAAAGGAAGGACAGCAUGGGGGAUCUGGGUCGGGCAACCAUCCGUCUCUUGGAGGAGCUGGACAAGGAGAGGUGUUUUCUGUUGAGUGAGAUUGAGAAGGAGGAAAAGGAGAAACUCUGGUAUUACACUCAACUGCAAAGUCUCUCUAAGCGGCUGGAUGACCUGCCCCACGUGGAGACGUUCUCAAUGCAGAUGGACCUGAUCCGUCAGCAGCUAGAAUUUGAAGCCCAGCACAUCCGGACACUCAUGGAGGAGCGCUUCGGAACGACCGAUGAAAUGGUACAAAGAGCUCAGAUCCGAGCGUCUCGUUUGGAACAGAUUGACAAAGAGCUGAUGGAAGCUCAGGAUAAAGUGCAGCCUUCGGAACAACCGCCCUCUGGAAAACUGCCAUGCACAGAAGGGGAUGGAAGGCUCAACAUCACAACAGACUCAGAGGAAGGGAAAGGGCAGCUGGGCAGCAGUAAGGUGGAAGUGGUCUUCUGGCUGCUUUCCAUGUUGGCCACCCGAGACAAGGAAGACAUGUCGCGCACACUGCUGGCCAUGUCCAGUUCCCAGGAAAGCUGCCUGGCCAUGCGCAAGUCGGGAUGCCUCCCUCUCCUCAUCCAGAUUCUCCAUGACUCAGAUCGCGAACUCAGCGCGCCUGACAGCCCUGGAGCUGCAGGGAAGGAUUGUCGCAUGCGGGCCAACGCUGCCCUCCACAACAUCAUCUUCUCUCAGCCCGAUGAAGGACAGGCCAAGAAGGAGAUGCGGGUGCUACACGUGCUGGAACAGAUCCGCUCCUACUCGGAGACCUGCUGGGAUUGGCUCAGGAUACACAAGGAAGGGGCCAAGAUCCCCGAGGGGGGAGCAGCUCCUGUUCCGAUUGAGCCCCAGAUCUGCCAAGCUACCUGCGCCAUCAUGAAGCUCUCGUUUGAUGAAGAAUAUCGCCGUGCCAUGAAUGAGCUGGGUGGACUCCAGGCCAUUGCUGAGCUGCUGCAAGUGGACUACGAGAUGCACAACAUGACCAAUGACCCCCUCAAUCUGGCACUCAGGCGCUACACAGGCAUGGCCUUGACCAACCUCACCUUCGGGGAUGUGGUCAACAAGGCAAUGCUAUGUUCACGGCAAAGGUGCAUGCAAGCUAUCGUGGACCAAUUAGCAUCUGACAGUGAGGAACUGCACCAGGUGGUAUCCAGCAUCCUACGCAACCUCUCAUGGCGAGCCGAUAUGAACAGCAAGAAAGUCUUACGAGAAGUGGGCAGUGUCUCAGCGCUGAUGCAGUGCGCCUUACGGGCCAGCAAGGAAUCCACCCUGAAGAGCGUCCUGAGUGCCUUGUGGAACCUCUCAGCUCACAGCACUGAGAAUAAAACUGCCAUCUGCAUGGUGGAAGGAGCGCUUGGCUUCCUAGUGAGCACACUCACCUACAAGUGCCAGAGUAACUCGCUUGCCAUCAUUGAAAGUGGAGGUGGGAUCCUAAGGAAUGUCUCCAGCCUGAUUGCCACUAGAGAAGAUUACCGGCAAAUUCUGAGGGAUCACAACUGCCUUCAAACUCUCCUCCAGCACCUCAAAUCACACAGUCUGACCAUCGUCAGCAAUGCAUGUGGCACUCUGUGGAACCUCUCUGCCCGUAGCCCCAAAGACCAAGAGCUGCUAUGGGACCUGGGGGCGGUCAGCAUGCUCCGAAAUCUCGUCCACUCUAAGCACAAGAUGAUCGCCAUGGGCAGCACCGCAGCCCUCCGGAACCUCCUUGCCAAUCGGCCACUUAAGUAUAAAGAUGCCAUGGUCAUCUCACCAGGUUCUUGUAUGCCCUCCCUGUAUAUGCGGAAACAGAAGGCCCUGGAGGCUGAACUGGAUGCUCAGCACUUGGCUGAAACUUUUGACACCAUGGAGAAGCAGACAAUGAAGAAGCAGAGCGUCACCAAGAAACCAAUGCGUCACAUGGAUAGCUUGGCCAAAGACUACGCUUCUGAUUCAGGUUGUUUUGAUGACGAUGAAGUGCCCAAUGUCUCCAGCAGUACAGAGCCAGGAAAUGCAUCAGUUCUCUCCAUGUUCCUAAAUUCAUCCUUCCUCCAAAGUCAAACUUUGCCAAGAACGGUUUCCCAAAGAAGAGGCCCAGAACCGGAGAAAGAUGAAAGUGGGAAGUCCACAGAGGCCAAGAAGGUCUCCCCGCUGCUCAUGCCCCAGGACAAUAACGUCUCCGUAGUGGCUGAGAAAUUGGCAAAGAUCACUACAACUGUGGCCAAGAUAGAUAAGUUGGUGGAAGAUAUAACCACUCUCCAUACCUCCUCUGAUGACAGCUUCAGCCUCAGCUCUGAAGACCACUGCCUUGACUGGCAUUAUGGUCUGGAUGAAGUCCAUGAGGCCCGUGCCCAGUCUUGCUCUCCAUGUCGCCUCUCGGACACCAGUGGAAUUAUCAAGCGUGACGGUCUGAACCGGGCUCACACCCUCUUGAGAUUGAAAAAUGCUUAUACAAGCUUGUCCAAUGACAGCCUCAACAGCGGAAGUACCAGUGAUGGCUACUGCCCUAAGGAACACAUGAGACCAUGUACUAGAACAACCUUCUUGGACUUUAAAGACGAACUACACCGGUAUCAGAAACGGCCCAGUCGUCUUGAUUUGAAGAACAUCUUGAUGAAUAGGCCAGAAAAGAUGGAACUGCCUGAGAAGAAACAUCAAGAAUCCAGUGUGGUAGUUGAGAAACCAGAACUUCUUGAAAAAGCAAAAGUAACAAGGCUUCCACCCAAUCCUGAUGUUGCUGAGAAAGAAUCUGAAUGUAAGAAGAAAGAGGGAGGGAGAGAGCUAGAUCCUGAUCCCAAAGUCCACACAAUUAAACUCUCCCCAUCCUAUCAACAUGUGCCCCUCAUAGAGAUCAAUGCCAUAGCAUCUGGGACUAUGGGAGUCUUGGGAACCAGCUCUUACUAUCCCAGCUUAUCCAUGAAAACCACAGAUAAUCUUAACAAGGUUCCAGAGAAACUGACUGCAGCAGAACCAGCGAAACAAGAACGGCUGCAGAAAUACUCGGUGGAAGACAUGCCAAUCUCCUUCUCCCGGUGCGGUUCCCUGUCUUCUAUUUCUUCUGCUGACAAUGUCCUAGAUGGACAGAGCCAUAGUGAGAAUGAGAUGGACACGGACUCUUCUCUAGAGAUCAUCGAGGUAGAAGAAGUGGAAGAAGCUCAAAAGGACAAUCAAGAAGAGAAGGCAAAGCAAGAUGUGGAACCCCUCACCUCAUCUUCACAACCCAUUGCUAUCCCCUUCCCUAAAAAAGAGAAAAUGUUCCUAAGAGGAGUGUCACCUUCUCGCCAUGAGGACUUGACCCCUUCCAGCUCAUCUGAAAAUUACAUCCAGGAGACCCCUUUGGUGAUGAGUCGCUGCAGUUCAGUCAGUUCGCUGGGCAGUUUUGAGAGCCCGUCCAUUGCGAGCUCUAUCCAAAGUGAACCCUGCAGCGAGAUGAUUAGUGGUACGGUCAGUCCUAGUGAGCUACCGGAUAGUCCUGGGCAAACCAUGCCUCCAAGCCGCAGCAAAACACCUCUGUUUGAACUAAGCCAGCCAGAGAAGGAGGCCAGCCAGUUCAACAUCCAGUGGGAAAACAAUGUUAAGAAAUUUAUGGAUAUCACGGAUUUUAAGGAGCGUUUCCAGAUGCCUCAGGACCUUGACUCCAUGGUCUACUUCACGGCGGAGAAACCCAAUGAAAACUUUUCAUGUGCCUCCAGCUUGAGCGCAUUGCCCCUCCACGAGCAUUAUGUCCAGAAGGAUGUUGAGUUGAAACUUAUCCCGCCAUUCCCGGAAAGGAGUGGGUUGAACUUCAUGACACAUGAGAAGAGAGAUGAUGAAAGGGUCAUUGAGGGCCAAAGGAAACUGGAGCGCCUUGAGUUGACUUCCGAUGAGGAUAUUGAAAUUCUGAGAGAGUGCAUCAAUUCGGCUAUGCCAUCCCGUUUCCGGAAGAUCAGAACAUCUCUUGUCUCGGGCCUUCCAGGCCAAGUCCUAAAUCCUCAGUCAAAGAAGUCAAUGCAGGUUCCAGUCUAUAUGUUGGUUCCUGCCAAUUCCCACUUGGGUAUCCCCAAGCACAGAUGGGCUACGGUCACCAGACCCAACAAGGACUACCUGGGCAAUGAGGAUUCCUUCACUGACUCAGCAGAAGGAACCCCCGUCAACUUCUCCAGUGCUGCUUCUUUGAGUGAUGAGACCCUUCAAUACCCUAUGAAAGAUGAGGGAGAUUCCCGGCAUUGCUCUGGGAAAAAAGAGGAAGUAACGGGGGCUCCGAUGGGGGUGCUCAAGAGGGAGAUCUGCCAACUUGAACAAAGCAGCUGCCGGAUUGGAAGAAUCACCUCCAGCCAUUCAACACCAACCAAAAUGGCCUCCUCCUCUAAGCACAAAACUGGAUCGAAUCACACCAGCCCACUCCGUGCAACCCGGGCCCAAUCAGCUGAGUCCAGGAGAGGAAACAUUCCCCUCAGAAACCUAGACUUGACUGUCUUGAGGCAAGGUAGCUCACGGGCAAGUUCUGAGGGCAACCGUUCCAAGAAGAAGGAGGAAUCUCGGGAGAACAGCAGCCAUGACAGUGAUGGAGCCUUCCCAUCCUUCUGCCACACCACGCCAACCGAAGAGGCUGUCUACUGCUUCUAUGAGAAUGACUCCGAUGACUUAGUGGAGUUAGACAUGAAGAACUCACCCAAGAGAAAGCCCAACCUGGCCAGCAAAGGUCAAAAGAAAGAAUGCUGGGCUAUGAAAGAACUUGAGCUAAGUUCUAGUCAGCAGCUUCAUGCUAAAAACAAGAUGGUGUCCCAUCUCCGGAGCAACCUAAUUGCAGAUGAGACUCCACCGUGUUACUCUCUCAGCUCCUCCCUAAGUUCCCUGAGUGAUCUCGAACUCUAUGGGACUGGGCAAAAGAUGCAGAUGUCCAAGAUCAGAGCUAACCGCCAACUGACCUUGAACCAUCGGCAUGGGAUAAAAGCAGCCGUGUCCAAAGGGAGGGACAGCUCUGCCAGUUCCCUCAGUUACAAUUCAGAUAAUGAUCUCCUGCAGAAGGGCAUCGGUUUGAGUGGGCCCAAGAGGAGACGCCAUUCAGCCAAAAGGAGGAAUGCUGAGAAGGAGCAGAAGGGUCUCAAGGCCAAGGAAUGGAAGCCUGAGGGGUUUCCUGAUGAAAUAUCUUCUGAAAGAGGCUCAGAUCUGGACAGCAUUGAGUGGAAAGCCAUCCAGGAAGGAGCAAACUCCAUUGUCACUUGGCUGCACCAAGCUGCUUCUUCCUUUGGCAAGGAGACGUCCUCAGAAUCUGACUCCAUUUUGUCUUUUAUGUCUGGCCUUUCGGCAAGCUCUGCUUUACCGCUGAGUUUGGACAGAAGAGACAAGACCCGGGGCAGGAAAGAUCCCACCGGUGGUGCGGAGAAGAAAAACCUCCCCAAAUCUUUCCAAGAUGGCAAGAAUCUGAAUGAAACAAGAGGUGCUGGUAGCAGGAAUAAAAUGGAGAAAAACGUAGGACAGCAGAAACCAAUGAGCAACCUACCCGUAGUUUUCCGAGGCAGGACGGUGAUCUACAUGCCUGAGGCAGCCAAGGAAUCCCCAGUGCAGAGCUCCAGAUCCACCCCAAAGAAAACAGUAGGGGCCACUAAGCAGGAAAUUCCUGAGAAAACUCUGAAUCUCAACCAACCGAGAUCAAGGAGUCUCCACCGGCCUGGGAAGAUCUCAGAAAUGGUGGAAUUGAUGUUGCCCAAAAGAAGCGCAACCCCACCUGCCAGGAUGAACAGAGCACCGUCAUCCGGAUCCUCCAGGACAUCCACGCCAUCCCAACCCAACCAGAAGAAGCUCACAUCACCAUCGCAGCAACCCAACAGACAGACGCCAUCUGGAAAGACCAGUGGAAGCACCACACCUGUUGGUCCAGCCCCCAAACCAGUCCAGAAAUCCCCCGUGUCUAAGCAACACAAGACCCAGAAAUCACCUGUCCGCAUCCCUUUUAUGCAGAAGCCCGUUAAGAAGACUCUUCCGGUGAGGAACACCAUGCCUACACUGGAGGAACGAGGAGGAAACAGCAGCAGUGAACUAAGGCCUAAGGUCAACGGGAAAGGCAUUCUCCAGGCCAACCGCCUUAAUUUGAUGCGCAUGUCCUCAGCGAGAUCCAUCAGCAGUGAAUCCCAUCAGUCGGGCUUCCUACGGCAGCUGACAUUCAUCAAGGAGUCGCCCAGUCUUCGCAUGAGGCAACGUUCUGAGGUCUCAUCUUCCCAGCCUUUGUCCUCAAUCUCUCAGGGUGCCUCACCACGAAGAGGCCGGCUUGGCCUGCCUACCGUUUUCCUCUGCUCGUCCAGAUGUGAUGAUCUCAAAGUGGACAAGCCCACUGGGUCAAGCCAACGUCCUGUCAUCUCCAGGGUGCCUCUUCCCAGCCAGAGUCCCUCUGCAGGGGGCCCCCCAAGGCCGCCACGCAGGACAAACUCAGAAAGCCCCUCCCGACUUCCCAUCAAAAACAACAUUGUUCCUCCAGAGCCUUUCAAGCGUUACUCCUCGUCUCCUCAAAUCAACAUCAUCAAGAGGACUGCUAGCCCCACUUCUACUCCAUCGGACGGCCCUGAGCCAUUAAGCGGGAGAAAGAAGAAUGAGGAGGUCUCAAAACUACCAGUGAUUCCUUCUGCAGAGAAAGGAACCGAAAAUCAACAGCAGCAGCGGCAGCAGCAGCAACAGCCACAGCUACUACAGCAACAGCCAUCACAGCAGCAGCAGCCACUGCAGCCACAGCCGCCACAGCUACCGCAGCUGCAGCCACCGCAGCAGCAGGCGAUGGUGAAAGGGACCUGGAAGAGGAUCCGUGAUGAGGAUAUACCCCAUAUUCUGAAAAGCACCCUACCUUCUACAGCAUUGCCCCUGGUUAGCGCUUGGAAGGAAGAAGAGAGCGAUCAGACGCCUGGAGUUCUCCACCCGAAGACGAGUGACGCGGUUGUGCAGACAGAAGACUUUGUCACCACAAAGACUAAUUCCAGCACUUCUCCUACUCUGGAGGUGCAGAAAGUCAUCAAGAUCCCACCUGAUGGAGAUGGCUUUGCUCUAGCGAAGGCCACCCCCGCGUCCAUCUCCUUUACUCACGAAGGGUCAGUCAGCUCUCUUGGGACUUUCCCUUCCAGCAGGCACAGCUCCCCAAGCCGGGCUGCUCGGGUGACCCCGUUUAAUUACACCCCCAGCCCAAUGGUGGAGCCCACAGUCAAAGAGAAGCAGGUGGAGAAAACACAAGUUUGACCACCCUCCAGCUUGGUCUGACAAACUCCUGGGAUCUUCUUAGCUAGCCCCUAAUAUUUAAAAACCAGACUUGGAUGUAUUCAUUUUUUAAGAAGCUAUAUUUGUCAUUUUACCCUAACCAUCUCCGUUCUUAACAAACAAGGAAGAUCGGAUGAGUGUUAUACUGUACAUGCAAGAUUAGAGGCAUCACUUCUUGUGAGAGAUAUAAAAGACACAAAGGAACAAAAUGUACAGGUAAUCCUCAACUUACAACCACAGUUGGGACCAAAUUUCUGUUGCUAAGCAAAGCGGUUGUUAAGUGAAUCACACUCGAUUAUAUGACCUUUUUUGCCACGUUUAAACAAAUCACUGAAGUUGUUAAGCGAAACAUGUGAUCUUUAAGUAAGUCUGGCUUCCCUCAUUGACUUUGCUUGUCAGAAGCCAGAUGGGAAGGUUACAAAUAAUGAUCACAUCUCUCUCUCUCUCUUUUUCACAUACACACAGACACAAUCAGAGACAUUGCAAUCAUC